AUCAGUGCAAGCAAACAGCGAGUGGAAAAGGCCAGAAAAUCUUGGCGAAAACGCCUCUCUACUCGCGAUGAGGGCACCAGUUUAGACAACAGUGUGGUGUGGACAUGUCGAGCUGCCCUUCCCACAAAUAAUCCCUCAGUUGCACUGUGGCUGUCCCAGUGAGAGUGCUCCAGUCAAAACAGAGUUUGGAUCUCGGUUUGGGUGUUUUCCAUAUGAGGGCUUUUCUGAGUCAUUUCAUAACUAUGCAAUUGCAUUGAAACUUUUCCACACGACAAGACUAUAUUGGAAAAUUGCGUGACUUUUUCCCACCUCCUCCCAGUGCGAUAGAUUUUUCCUUGAGACAGUGAUUAGUGGCGAACGCGACGAGAUAGAUUUGUUGUGUCCGGAAGGCUCGCUGGCGGGCAGUUUUUCAUGCCGGAAGGCACGCAAGUCUCUCGUCUGGACACUGUCUAACCGCGUGGAAGGUCACCGGCUAAGAAAGUGAAUUGAAGAACUCCAGAGGCAGGACUUUCUUCGUGAUCAUCCUGGAUUCAAUCACUCCCACAAUGUCUCCAGCAUUCCUCACGGCAAUCGCCGUGAUCCUGUGCAUCCUCUUCCGCCUGCUGAACGUCAACAGCCAGCCCGCGAAGCCACACGUGUGGUGCGUGGACGGAACCUUCAUGGACACCAUCUACAAGAUCGCUCCGCUGCUUCGUGAUCCCUACGUUCCGACACGGCUAUGGGGCUUCAGCGGACACGUCCAGACCAUUGUGCACAGCAUCGUGGGUCGUGUGAAAUGUCCAUGGUCGCUGGGCGAGAGGAUCUAUCUCAAACUGACGGACAACUCCACGCUCACGUACGAUCUGUAUCAGUCUCUGAUUGAGCAUGAAGACGAUAUUACGGUGGCUAUUUGUCCGGGCAUCGGCAACUCAUCGGAGAGCGUGUACAUCCGGACGUUCGUCCACUACGCCCAGUGCCAUGGAUACAGAUGCGCGGUGCUGAAUCACAUUGGCGCCCUGCAGAGUGUCCAGGUGACUUCCACGCGGAUCUUCACGUACGGCCACACGGGCGACUUCACCGAGAUGAUCAACAGCCUCACGAAAAAGUAUCCGUCCACCAACAUUGUCGCCGUGGGCUUCAGUCUCGGUGGGAAUCUCGUGACUAAGUACAUGGGCGAGGCGGACGUGGCGCGUCCCAAGAACAUUAUCGGCGGUGUGUCGAUUUGCCAAGGCUACAAUGCUGUUGAGGCGACAAAUUGGCUGCUCAAUUGGCAGAACUUCCGCCGCUUCUAUCUCUAUGUAAUGACGGAGAAUGUGAAGCAGAUCAUCAUGAAGCACCGGCAAAUGCUCCUCUCGGACGACGUGAAGCAGCGAUGCAAGCUCAAUGAGCGGGACAUUGUGGCCGCCGCGACACUCCCAGAACUCGACGAGGCGUACACGCGACGCGUGCACAACUUCCAGUCUGUCAAGGAGUUGUACAAUUGGAGUUCGUGCAUCAACUAUCUGCAGAACAUCGACACGCCGAUGGUCUUCUUCAACGCCAAAGACGAUCCGCUGGUGCCCGAGGACCUGCUGAAGCCCAUCCGUGAGUUUGCAUCGGAAAAAUCGCAUACGAUGUAUGUGGAACUGGCUCAUGGCGGGCACCUGGGCUUCUACGAGGGCGGCCUAAUCUAUCCGAAUCCAGUAACAUGGCUCGAUCGUGCUCUUGUAGCUGUGAUAGGCGGCCUCGUGCUGGCUCACAAUGAUUUCCAGAGCAAGAGUCGUGCCGCGCUUGCGACGUCUUAAGACCAAAUCGCAACAUUCGUCACGCCCAUCCAUCAAGUUUCCUGCAUUACUUGAACCAGUUGUUUUAUAAACUUUUAUACAUCAACAUUAUUUAACAAAACUCAUGUGAAUUUAUGUGGAAAGAAAAAUCUCUCAAGUCCUUUGUUUAUCUAGUGACAAAAAGGAUUCAAAGAAUCAAAAGACACGUGUUUCUUAGUUUGUAAGGUAAAUUAAUUCGAAUUGCUGGUUCUGCAGAGAUGCAAUGAGGGGAAUAUGAAGUACGAUGCUUUGCAGAAAUUCUCUUUUCGUCGUUUAACAAUGACGAUGCCACAAGAUUGCUACCUUCAUUUGCUGCGCAGAUGAAUUCUUACAAGUUCAUCAUUUCUAAUUGAUAGUUUGUGCGAAGGAAGAGUGAGAGAGAGAGAGAGAGAAGCGGGCUAGAAAGUGACUUUAUGUGUGAGAUCCUCUGCAAAGGAAAUGAGUUGGGAAAUUGCGUUGCUCAACAUGAUGAGCUUGAAAGGCUUGAUAGCAUUAUAAUGAUAAAACUGUAUUGGAGAAUAUUUAAAUGUGUGACUUGAAUGUUUCCCCACCAGAAGACACGUAUCAAAUCCAGUUGAUGUUUUCCUCUGUUAAGCAUAGAUUUCGCUCCCCAGUGUGUAUUUUGUGAGGCAUCAAAUGCCAGGAAUCUUUUGGAACUAUCAUAAAUGGAUUCUUAAUGUUACGUUCCUAACGUAAAUAUGUCUACUAAAUGGCGUGAAAUAUCUAUUUAAUCACACAUAAUGUGAACAAAAUAUCCAUGUAUAGAGAAUAUAAAUAGAAAGGAAGGGAGGAAGGAAGGAUAUCAAGUGAAAUGUUGAGAAAAAAAAGUGUUUCAAUCACCAAAAUGACUGAGAAAAAGACCUUUUAGUAGAGUAGAGAAAAAAACCGAUUAAAAAACUUUUAGAUGAGGUAUUAAAAAUUGGCGGAGAAAAAUUCACGAUCAUACGGAGUGGUUCUUUAAGGCUCGUGAUGUUCUUUGCAACAGAGUUAA